AUGAAAGUCAGCCAGGUUCCAACAGACAACUCGACCACUUAUGGAAGAACCAAGAAAAACAAGUAAGUGUUUUCAAGUUUUGUUUUUUCUCAACAUAAAUCCAAGUAUACAUACAUAUUAUUAUUAUUCUUAUGCUUCACGAAUGAAUAAAUACAAAAAAGAGCUUAUUUAUUCGCAACGAAGAAAAUUGCAAGAAAAACUUCGUAUUUUUCAUUAGAAGAUGAAAAGCAUGAAAAAUGCGUAUAUAGCUUGCUGUAAUUAGGUUAGAGUCACAAAAUACGAUUAGUGAGUGCAUGAAUAAAUAAAUUCGUUGAGAACUUGAGUAUUUUAUUUUAUUUAUUUCAUUCUCCUCGUCUUCCACUGAGAUUUAUUCAUUACAUGUAAAGGAUUGAAUGUCAUUUUUUGUGAAAAAACAUAUAUGGAAAUAGAUAUAUAAAGGCGGGUUGGGUUUUCUGUUAUUACUUUUUUAUGUCUCAAGAAAAUGAGAAAUCCUGGUUUGGUUGAUGUGAAAAAAAGAAUAUUGCAUUUUUUUUCUCAUCGUGACUUUUGAACUUGGGUUUUUUGUUUAUUUUUGAGGCUGAAUAUGUCUGCAAAACGUGAAUUUUGAAGUAUUUGAAGUGACUGAAUGUUGUUUCAGCUGCAAUGUUCAGUGAAAAAGCUUAAGGUUUUCUGGGCUUUUCGCAAAACCAGAAGCUCCGAAAAUCUCGACAGUUUGACACUAAAAUGUACCCCACAUCAAGUUUUUUCACACGCUUUUACAGAACAAAUAAAUUUUAACGAAAUCCUAAUAUACAGGUAUAGGCAGAGCGCAGAGAAACGCAUCUUUCGUGUAUAUAUCUGUUGUCUACCCAUGCAUGUAUGCAUGUAUAUUAGGCUCCGCCCAUUUUCGUUAAAAUUUAUUUGUUAUUUAACUUUUACUGUUUUUUCAAGAUUUUUAAUGAAUUUUGAAAAUAAAGAUGAAAUAUAUAUUUUGGAGAUGUGUCCCAGGAUGUAUAAAAGUUUGUUUUUUUCCCGAAAAAAAACAAAAGUUGCCACUAAUUCAGAAAAAAAGUUUGAAAAGAACAAAAAGCCAGCGAGUUGCUAAGGUUCCCCUGUGAGAUUUGAGAAAACUAGCAAAAUAUCUUGUUCUGCUGUUUUUUCGUGAGAUCAUGCUUCAUUAGAUAUAGAUUUUUUUAAAUUUUAAAAUAGAAAUAAAACACUGCGUCAUUGUUGUUUCUCACGAAAUUUUCAGAAAUUCUGGGUUUUUAAUAAUUAGCUAGCCUCUUGUGGCUAAAUUCAUUUGAAACAAUUGCUAAACAAUUUUUAUGGUACGUCAAAAAUUGUUCCUUUUUCCGAAACUCCAAAAAGUUGUUCCUUCUCAUUCAAUUUUAUGACUUUGUGCAUUUUUUUCUUCAUAAAUAUUCCCUUUUUUUUGAAACGUCAUCAUUUCUUCCAAAAAAAAAUGGGCGAGCACAUCCUACGUUUCACACUAAAAGGUCCAAAAUACUUUUUUCUUUCUUUCUUUCAUGCUUUUUUUGUGUGUGAGAACAAAAACGGAGCGCGCAAUUUCUCCGAGCUCUGCUGCAAAAAAGGAGCCCUUCUCUCUCGUUUUUUUUCGACUAUACAACACAUAAUAUAUAUGUAGAGAUAGAGGAGAGAGAGAAAAAAUGACUGAAUCGAUAAAUCGAGGAGACGCAGACAUUUUCGUCUUCUUCUUAUUCAUCCUUCGGUUUUUUUUUCUUCUUCUUGUUUCUCGCGCACCUCGUUUUUUUCGCUUGAAAACGAAAAGAUUAGCAUUUUUUUUGGUGAGUAAAUCCACGUGGAUUAAAUAUCAAUUGCACUUUAUUUUUCCGUUUCUAAACUUGUAUGACGAAUUUUUAUGUAAAAAUAUUCAUAAAGUUACGAAAUACAUGGAAUUGUUUCCUGAAUGUUUUUUUUUUCGUAAAAAAAAAGCUCGAAACUUUUGGCACCAAGAAAAUUGAAUUUGGUGCCAUGCCCAGAUGAAAAAGAAAAAAUCUUCCAAUUCUGAUUGACACAACACCACAAAAACAUUGUUUACCCAACUAAUUCUAAACAAAUAUUCAAUUUAUUUUUUUAUAUUUCAUUUUUUUGCAAACAAAAUCGAUAAUUGGCCAGUUUUUUCCUUCCUGAAGUGCCCUUGUGUUUAUUCACAGAGCCUAUAAUUUUGUCUUCUCUCAAAGCACGAAAAAAAAACGAUUCAUCUUCUUUCUCGUUUUUUUUGAUGAAUCGAAAGGAAUGACUAAAUUUUGUUGUUUUUUUUCGCGAAUUGCCUCUAUUUUUGGUUUCAUAUGAGUCAUUUUGAAUUUUUUUUUUCAUUUUCCGAGGGUGUGAGAGUCGAUUUACCUGAAAAUGAGUAAUUUUAAAUAUCUCAGCCAAAAUCGUGGUUUUUGAGAGUUUAAAUGAAGUUUUGACUGUAAACUUUUCAGUUUCUUGAAAGAUAGUGUUAGAACACACAUACAAUUUUGAAAAAAUUUAAAUUUCAGCCUAACUUUUUUCAACGAAAAACUGAAAUUUAUUGAAAAAUCAUAGUUUUUACUGAAAAAGUUAGCGUAAUAUUUUUAACGAGACUGAAAUUUAAAUUUUUUUCAAAAUUGUAUGUUUUCUCUAACACUAAAUUUCAUGAAACUGAAAAGUUUACAGAAAAAAUUUCCGUCAAAAGUUCAUUUUGACUUUCAGACACCACGAUUUUGGCUGACUUAAGAUUUUUAAGUUCAAAAAUAUUUUUUCAAACUCCUAGUAGGAAAAAUAUAAAAUUUCUUAAUUUUUCCUGAUUUCAAUGACUCAAUUUCGAAAUAAGUGCAAGUUUAACCUAAAAUCAAAAUCAUUAUGAAAUUGUUCAGUAAAUUAGCGACAUAUGUUUUCUGUUUUUUUUCGUUCUUCACUCACCGCCUGUUCCCUCAACUCGCGAGAUAUCUGAAAUCGAGAAAAAUUUACUUUUUGCAGAUCGAACAUGUCGUUGUCCGGACUUCGAAAGCAGUUCAAUAAGGCUAAUCAGGUAACUAUUUUUGUUUUUAAACAAAAUUAAAAAAAAAUAAAAUAAAAAAGUGUUUUAGUAUCUCUCUGAAACAAUGGGAGCUGCUGAGCCGACAAAAUUGGACGAUGUUUUCAAUGAUAUGGAGAAAAAUAUUGAUAAUACUUAUAAUUUGAUAACUGAUUUAGUUGCUGGAACAAAUGAAUAUCUUCAACCAAAUCCAGGUGAGAACGUUUCUGGAAAACUUCCAGAAAAUAAAAUUAAUUUUUCUAGCAACUCGCGCAAAAAUGGCAACAGUUUCGGCGUUAUCAAAAGUUCGUGGAACAACCAAAACCUCGCCAUAUCCACAAACUGAAGGAAUGUUGGCGGAAACAAUGCAAAAAUAUGGACAACAACUUGGAGAGCGAAGCGAUUUGGGAAAAGCUUUGAAUGAUUCGGCUGAAGCCUAUCGACAAAUGGCUGAUAUUAAAUAUCAAAUGGAGGAUAAUGUCAAGCAAAACUUUUUGGAUCCACUUACGCAUUUGCAAAAUAAUGAAUUGAAGGAUGUUAAUGUGAGUUGGUUAUAUGAAGAAAUAUAUUAAUUAGAAGAAAAUAAUUAGUUAAAAAGUUCCUAAUGAGUUUCUAAAACUGGAAAUUUUUUUGUUAGGACCUUUUUUAACUUUUCUAAUUGAUAAGGGACAUUUUUCAACUACUAAAAUAUAUUUUCUAGUAAUUUUUGACCCGCUAAUCUUGAUUCCGCUGUCUAAAAUUGCAGAACCCAACUCCUAAUAUGAAUUAUGACGUGGAAAAGUUAGAAAAUCGUGAUUUUAGGAGCUGAAAACUAGUUAGAUUUUCAUGCAAAUCUGAUGUUCUGAAGAUCCGAAAAAUUCAAGUUCAAAAUCCAUGAAAAUCAUUUUUGAAGAUUUUAGGAGCUCAAAACUAGCCUCAAAAAUGAUUUUCAUGCAGAUUUUGAACUUCUGAAUUUUUCGGAACUUCUGAACAUCAGAUUUGCAUGAAAAUAGUUUUUGAAGCUAGUUUUCAGCCCCUAAAAUCCCGAAUAUUAGGAGUUGAGUUCUGCAAUUUUAGACGAUCUUGUGCUGAAAAAUCGCACGAGAUUUCAGAAUUCCCCCCCUAAAAUUAUAUUCUUCCAAGCCCCAACCUUUCUAUUUUCAGCAUCAUAGAACUAAGCUGAAAGGUCGACGAUUAGAUUACGAUUGCAAAAAACGACAACAAAGAAGAGACGAUGAAAUGAUUCAAGCCGAAGAAAAAUUGGAAGAAUCGAAAAAAUUGGCAGAAAUGGCUAUGUUUAAUGUUUUGAGCAAUGAUGUAUGUUUUCUUCUUUUUUGUUGAAAUGUUUAAUUUUAUUUCAAUUCUUCAGGUCGAACAAAUCUCGCAACUUCGUGCUCUCGUUGAUGCGCAAUUAGAAUUUCAUAAACAAACUACACAAGUUCUCGAAAAUCUUCAACAACAGCUAAAUUAUAGGUAUUUAUUAAAUUUCAUGAAAAAAGUGGGACCUUAAGUAAUCUUCGAAAAUUUGUAGAAUCAAAGAAGCGGCUGGAAGACCGAGAGAAGAUCAUACACCAUUGGCUGUACUUGGAGAUCAAAGUAGAACACCGAGAUCGAGAUCGCCGGCACCGUCAGAAAUGUCGCAUCAGACGAAUAUGUCGGGAUUGGUGGGUUUUUAUUAUGUUGUUGUUGGGAAGAAAAUUGAAGAGAACCAGACUGAAACAGGGUAUUUCCAGAUUUUUUGAAUAAUUUCAUACCUUAUAGUAAAAAUUUGAAUGUGUGGGAGAAUUUUGUAAGAAUUCAAAAUAAAUGUAUGGUUUUUCAGAACUAAAAAAAUUUGUUAUCGAUUUUGGAGCAAUUUUUGAAAUGAGAAAAUUUUUCAAAAGUUUUCUAGAAAAUAAUUUUGAAAUUAUCCUACUUGAAAAAUCGAAAAAUUGAAAAAAUACUUUGAAAACCUGAAUUUAGAUUUUAUCGUGUUUUUUUUAGCUAAGUGGAUUUUCUGUUUCAGAACUGAAAAUUUUUUCCAAAUGUAUUUUAUUUUCAAACAUUUCCCUCGAAUUAAAAAAAAAAAGAAUUUUUCAUUAGUUUUCUAGCAAUUUUUGUUUUGAGAAAUUCUAAAUUUCAAAAAUAAGUGUUGGCCCAGGAAAAUAGGAUUUGAAUAAAAAUAUGGGUUUUCAAAACUUAAAAAUGUUAUAUCUAUAUUCUGAGCAAUUUUUCAAAAUGAAAAUGUGUAUCUAGAAAAUCAGCCACUAUUUUCCCAUUUUUUUUUGUUUUGUGAGAAGUUCUACUCUGAAAAUUUGAAAAUCUUGCAGUAUUUUUACAGAAUUUUUUUUGAGAAAUAAUUUUCUGAAAUUCUUUAAAUCUUUAAAUUUUAUUCUUUAAAUAAAAAUAUUCUUUAAAUUUAAAAAUUUAAAAAUAUUCUCGCUACGGAAAAUAAAUUCUACCAGCUUGGAGGAAUUUUUGCAUAAUCAAAGCUUUUUGAAUAAGAUUUUGAGAAAUUCGGAAAGUUUCAAAAAAUAAUUUCUGGCUCCGGAAGUUCACCAUGCUUUUUUCAGUUUCUGAAUUUUAUUUUACCCAAGAUUCUGUCAAAUUUUCCCCUUUUUCCAGACAAUAAACGGAGGUGGUUCAUCAAUUCAAGCAAAUCCAUCAGCAUUCAAUCAACAUCAAGGUCCACCACCAGGCGGAAUGCCUCCUCCACUUUCUCAACAACAACAACAAAAACCGCAGUGUCGAGCACUGUUCGAUUUCGAUGCACAAAGUGAAGGUGAACUCGAUUUCAAAGAGGGAAAUAUUAUCGAAUUAGUCUCGCAAAUCGAUGAAAAUUGGUAUGAAGGAAGAUGUAAUGGAAAAACUGGACUAUUCCCUGUUACCUAUGUUCAGGUAAUUUUUUUUAAUUUUUAAUUUUAAUUAAGUUCCAAAACUUGGAUUUUUUGCAGGUUUUGGUUCCACUUCGAUAA